UGGUCCCUCUCCAGACCCCGCCCCCCCGGCCGGACCGCCCGGUGAGAACACCGAGCCCACCCUCCGGUUCCUCCUGCUGACGCACGGAGGCUCCAGCAGGCUCCUCCGCUCCUCCUCCGCUCCUCCGCUCCUCCGCUCCGCUCCGACCGGAGCAACAUGCAGGAUGGCGAGUGUGGAGACAGCCGCCGAACACGAGCGCAUCCUGCGGGAGAUAGAGAGCACAGACACCAACUGCAUCGGGCCGACCCUCCGGUCGGUGUACGAUGGGCGGGAGCAUGGCCUCUUCAUGGAGAAGCUGGACGCUCGCAUCAGAAACCACGACAGAGAGAUCGAGAAGAUGUGUAACCAUCACUUCCAGGGCUUCGUCGACUCCAUCACAGAGCUGCUCAAAGUCAGAGGGGAGGCGCAGAAACUCAAGAGUCAGGUGACGGAGACCAACCGCCGUCUCCAGGAUGAAGGCAAAGAGCUCAUGGGCUCCAUGGAGGAGCUGCAGCAGUGCCGAGUGCAGCAGAGAAACAUCGCCACCACCAUCGACAAACUGACACACUGCUUACCAGUCCUGGAGAUGUACAGCAGACUCCAGGAGCAGAUGAGGGACAAAAGGUACUACCCGGCCCUGCGGACCCUUGAGCAUCUGGAGAACCGGUGCCUCCCUAAGGCGGGUCAGUACCGGUUCUGCUCCAUCAUGGCGGAGAACAUCCCCCGACUGAGGAUCCAGAUCAGAGACACGGCCAUGAGCCAGCUGAGGGACUUCCUGGAGAGCAUCAGGAAACACUCGGACAAGAUCGGAGAGACGGCCAUCAGACAGGCCCAGCUGCAGCGCUCGCUGGACAGCUCCGCGCAGCCGAGGGCCCUGAUUGGCCGUCGCAGGAAGGAGGCGGCGGCGGGGACGGACAGCGAGGGACACGGAGGCAGCCCGCUGUCAGAACAGGACUCUGGGAUUCUGGAUGUGGAGGAUGAAGAGGAGGAGGAAGUCCCAGGAGCUCAGGACUUGGUGGAUUUCUCUCCAGUCUACCGCUGUCUGCAUAUCUACACUGUGCUGGGUUUGCGUGAUGUGUUUGAGAACUACUACAGAAAGCAGAGGAGGAAACAGGCUCGCCUGGUGCUGCAGCCUCACUCUAACAUGCAUGAAACUCUAGAGGGAUACAGGCGGUACUUCAAUCAGAUUGUCGGCUUCUUCGUGGUGGAGGAUCACGUCCUUCACACCACGCAGGGUUUGGUCAACAGAGCGUACGUGGAGGAGCUUUGGGAGCUGGCGCUGUCUAAAAUCAUCGCUGCCCUGAGGACCCACUCCUCGUACUGUGACAACCCAGACCUGGUCCUGGAUCUGAAGAACCUCAUCGUCCUUUUUGCUGACACACUGCAGGGUUACGGCUUCCCGGUGUCCCAGCUGUUUGACAUGCUGCUGGAGAUGAGGGAGCAGUACGGAGAAAUCCUGCUCAAGAGAUGGAACAUCACCUUCAGGCAGGUGUUGGACCAGGACAACUACAGUCCCAUCCCGGUCUCCACAGAGCAGGAGUACAAACUCUACACCUCCCAGUUCCCCCUGCAGGACCCCGAACUGGACAAGCUUCCCUUCCCUAAGAAGCUCCCCUUCUCCGAGUUUGUGCCAAAAGUCUACUGCCAGCUCAAAGAGUUCAUCUACGCCUGUCUGAAGUACUCUGAAGACCUGCACCUCAGGUAGACACACA